CGCAUUUAAUAUAUGUUAAUAUUUAAUAAAAACAGUAUACUUAAGUGAAAUGUUAGUCAAUGAAUGAUGUGUGUCCACGAAAACGGUUCAUAUUUACAUUCAAUUGUUCUCAUUGUUGGUUUCCUGUUGCAACUUAUAUAUGUUGCAAUUUGUGCACAGGGAGUCUCGCAGUUCACGAACUUAACUUUAAUAACAAAUUCUUGAACUAAUGAGAAACCGAUCUUCUUUUGAGAAAAAUGACAUUACAUAUUACAACUUUUCAAUUUUCGAUAUUAUAUACUUCUGUGGCUAAGCAUUGAUUAAAAUCCUGUUAAAACGAAAUCAAUCUGAAAUAUUAUGAAAAAUAACAUUUAUUUAUUUGUCUUCUUCAGAAAUAGAAUUUGAAAGAGAUUCUUCCUCGUCACGGUUCAUAACCUGAAAAUGACAAAAGUUUUUGUAUUUUUAAAGAAACAUUAAAAACUGAAGCCCCUUAUAGAUCUAUCGUUAAAACGAACAGUUGCGUAAAUUGUGAAUCACUGGUUUUAUAGAUGGUAUUGUUACAGUACUUCGCUUUCGUAACCGCUUCGAUUUUUAUCCGCCCGACCGACGUAAGGUUACAUACGCUCUUUAUCUGCACAAAAAUACGGUGCACGUGAACUGAAAGGAAGAGACCUCGCACGCUCCGUUGAUUAUCAGUUAUCGUAGAAUUGUUCUGAAGUGACGUUGAAGCAGUUGUUCGCAGCCGUCACGCGCAAAUGUCGAACAAAGGUGACGGAUCGCAGGACCAGUCCAAUCAUGGAACAGGCAAGAGGACAAGCAGUUCUUCACCAGAAUUCGAUCCAGCUGAACAUCAACACAUAAGGUACAAUCCGUUGAGAGGAGAAUGGGUGCUGGUGUCGCCUCACCGUAUGAAACGACCUUGGGGAGGCCAGAUUGAAGCCAGCAGCGACGAGGAGCUGCCCGAUUACAAUCCUGACAAUCCACUCUGUCCAGGGAACGUCAGAGCCAGUGGAGAAGUGACCCCGAUAUACCAGAACACGUACUCGUUCGUCAACGAUUUCCCAGCUUUGCUGAAAUCGGUGCCGGAUCCGCCGGAGGCGGACGACGAGCUGUUUCAGAUGGGCUCCGCCAAAGGCAUCUGCAAGGUCAUGUGCUUUCAUCCAAAGUCGAACGUGACGCUAGCUCUGAUGAAGGUUCGCGAGAUCAAGGAGGUGGUGAAACGGUGGAUCUUCGAGAUGCUGGAGCUGGGCGAGAAGUGGCUCUGGGUGCAGAUAUUCGAGAACAGAGGCGCUCUGAUGGGCUGCAGCAACGCCCAUCCCCACUGUCAGAUAUGGGCCAGCUCGUUUUUGCCGAAUGAAGCUAGAAUCAAAGACGGAUAUCUCAGUGAUUACUACAGGCGCAACAGGAAGCCUCUUCUCAUCGACUACGUGCAGAAGGAAAUCUUGAAGAAGGAUCGCGUCGUGAUCGAAAAUCGCGACUGGAUAGUCGUGGUGCCGUUCUGGGCGGUUUGGCCGUACGAAACCAUGGUGCUGCCGAAGAAACAGGUCGUCAGGAUGCAGGACUUGUCGGACAGCCAGCAGGAAUCUCUGUCGGUCAUCAUGAAGAGACUGUGCACCAAAUACGACAAUCUCUUUCAGUGCUCUUUCCCGUAUUCGAUGGGAUGGCACGGCGCACCAACUGGUCCGCAUCUCAACAGCGAUUAUCCGUACUGGACCCUCCACGGAAUAUAUCUGCCGCCUUUGCUGCGAUCCGCUACCAUAAAGAAGCACAUGGUCGGCUAUGAGCUUCUGGCCCAAGCCCAGAGAGAUCUGACGCCGGAGCAAGCGGCAGCGAAAUUGAGAAGCUUACCGGAUUCUCAUUACAAGCACCCGGAAACUAGUCUGACUGCGGAAGAAAUAGGAAAAUACUCGAUUUAAAUGUGCAACGUCUGCAAAUAGAAU